CUGAACAUGUUGGAUCUGAGGAUCAGAUGGACACUAACAACUCUGAUAGUGAAGAUGCUGAUGACGAGGAAGAGGAAGAUAAAGAGGAAUCAGAUGGUUAUGAUUCUCCAGCCAUGGCCGAGGAUGUUCCUGAUUUCGCCUUACAUGAGUCCUACACACUUGGAGAAGGCUUCUCCACUGGAUACCUUGAGGAGGUUUUGCGCAGCUUUCCACUGAAUGAAGAUGGCCAGAAUAAAUCAGGUGAUGCCCUUAAUAAUGGUGAAGCAAGUGAUGGGGAGUUUGAAAUUUUCGAACAGCCUAGUGACGAUGAAGAAUAUUCCGAUGGUUAGUGGGGCCUUUUGGGGAGUGGCAAGAUAUCCUCAGGUUAUAUUUUAUGGGCCGUUGUUGACAGUACUUUGUUCAUUGGAUUUUAGGCUCUAGGGUUGUUUAGGAUUUCAUAGCAGGUUGUUUAGCUAUCUAUGGAGCUAGAUAUUUAGCCUUAUUAACAUGAUGUUGGAUGUCACUAGAAGCUAGUUCACUAUAA